AUGAGAUCUCACACAGCCCUGCGCGCGGCGCUAACGAGGCAACCGGCGCGCAUACUCCUGCCAGUACGCUCCGCCCUCGGCACAUCACAACGUCGCCUCGCCUCAUCUGGACCCAAGCAGACAGCAUCUUCAUCGUCAUCAAAACCGACCUCGAACUAUGCCGCCUUCUACAGGACUUUCACCCGGCCCCUGGCCAAGACCAUGCUCCUCGCCGUCUUCACUUACCAGCUGGUCUACUGGGCGUGGGUCAAGCUCGAGACCGAUGAGAUCAAGGCAGAGAAGACUGCCGAGAUUGCUGGUCUAGAAGCCCAGGUCAAGUCUUUGCAAGAGAACCAGAAGUCAAAGUAG